AUGACGUCCCAGCAACUUGCGGAUGUCACUUGGGACAAGAAUGCACCUCCAGCGACCAUGAGCCGACGCGAAUUGGAAGGCAUCAACACCGCUAUGCUGACUCUGACGUCUUUGGUCUUCGUCGCGCGUAUUGCCAUUCGAUUAUCCAAGCGGAGAACAUUCGAGCUGCAAGACUUCUUCUGUUGUCUAUCUUAUCUUUUCUAUGUCGCAAUGCUUGUCAUGUUCUUCAAGGAGAACGACCCACUCUAUCGAGCCGAGCGUGUUCAGAGAGGCGAGGCGCCGUUGUAUCCAGGACUCCCCUUAUACCGACUGCUAUUGAACAAAGCCUCGCCAAAGUACAACGUCAUGUGGUGGGCGAUUCUGGCAUUUUGUGUUUUGUCUUAUGUGGGGAGUGCUAUGACAACCAUCUUCGUCUGCGAUGACCAAAAGGCGAAGUACAACUACGGCAUGUGCGCGAAACCGAAUGAGCAGAAGCGUGCGCAGUUUAGCCUAUGGUUUGCGUACGCAGUAGACGUGGCUGGUGAUCUUGCAGUUAGCGUCAAAGAUGGCUUGCCGAAGAUACCAGACCCGAAGUGGUUGCAAAUGUGGACCGUCAUCGAGACUUCGAUGGCAGUCAUUAUUGGCUGCGCUCCAGCCUUCAAUGCUCUUCGUCGUCGUUCGGAACACCACAACGUUGAGAUAACGUCAGUUCGUCUUGAUAUGGAGACCGCAGGUGGCGGCCAUACGAUGCGAGCGGAACCUUACAUGCGAGUGUUGCGAACGAAUGAGCAAGGGAGUGAAGAAGCACUGGAUCCUCGCAACACGCCUGGACUAGCAUUUUAG